AUGGGACGUUCCAAGUCUCAUAUUAUGUGCAAAAGUGACGCCAAUCUGUAUUCCAUUGUCUCUAUAGAUUCUAAUAACGAUCAUUACACGGAUUUGACGACUUCCAAUCAAGGUGGAAACACCAUUAGUAUUUUGUAUGACGAUCAGAAUGGAACGUUUCAGACAUUGGUGAAAUACAAAAAUCGAUUUAGUAAUUACAAACAAAAAAUCUGA